CACCACGAUGUCUCUUUCACAUCCCCUCUUUCAGACUUCCGUCGCCCCAGCAACCGCGGCUGUACUCACCAACGCAGAGAAUAAAGUUCAGAGCAAACCAAAUAUUGUGUUUGAGGUUAAGAAAGAGAGAAUAAAAAAGAUGUUCAAUAAAGUCAACCUUUCUGUAUCAACUUAUAAUACAGCUUGGGUGGUAAUGAUCCCAUCACCUUCUUCUCCAGAAGCUCCUUUGUUUCCUCGGUCUCUGAACUGGUUAUUAGAGAAUCAACAGAAUGAUGGAUCAUGGAGUCUUCCUCAUCGUCACGAGUUACUCACCAAAGAUUCUCUUCUAUCUACCUUGGCCUGUGUCCUUGCUCUUAAGCGAUGGGGUGUCGGCGAACAGCAAACUAAUAAAGAGCAGUGGCGGAACGCGGCAAUCCUGAGCACUGACGCCGGUGAUAAGCGGUGGAUAGAGAAGGAAGAAGCCGGAGGAGUGCACGAUGCGGAAGAAGAAGAAAAACAGAGAAGAGAAUCACGCAAGCUCUCUCCCUCUCCCCGCUCUGAUCUGUAG